AUGGCGGAUGAACUCCCGUUAUGGUUCCCACCCAUGAGUAGCGACGAUUCAUCCGAUAGUAGCAUUCUUUUUUUUCAAAAUCUCAUCGAAGAAGCCGAACUUCAAGAUACCGGCACAUCUAACCGAAGGAGAUAUAUUGAACGUCAACGUGAGGAGGAGCAUGAGACACUCAUGGCGGAUUAUUUUGUCGAAGACCCGAAGUACAACGAAGAUAUCUUUCGGCAUAGGUUCCGUAUGUCGAAACGUUUGUUUCUAAAAAUUGUGUCCGAUGUGGAAGAGAACGACCCGUGGUUUGUAGAGGCCCCCGAUGCGCGAGGUAGGAAGGGCUUUACGCCCUUGCAAAAGGUGACAUCGGCUAUUAAACAGCUCGCAACUGGAAACACUCCAGACGAGAACGACUAG